ACCAAUCGCGCUACAGUGUAUACUUCAGCUUGUCCAAUACGACGUAUUGUCAAACAGUAGUUACAUUUGACAUUGUUUGUAUAUAUUUUAUUUAUUGGUAGUUUUUGGCAGCGCUGCAGCCACAAUGGACGCGCUCCUCUCGAGGCUCUUCUCCUCGGAAGGAGAGGAGCUGCGCACGUUGGACUGCAUGGCGUACUCCAUGCUGUUCAUGGCAGCCUGCACUUUUGUUACUCUGCUCUUCGAGUACGUCCCGUACGGGCGGUACGCUACCAGCAGGUACGGGUUCCCAGUGAACGCUCGACUGGCCUGGUUCGUCCAGGAGCUGCCCGCGUUCCUGGUGCCCCUGUGUCUGGUAGUUUGGACACCCUCCAGGAAAACCUCGCUGCUGCCCAACCAGCUGCUCAUCGCCAUGUACUUCUGCCACUACGUUCAGAGAUCCCUUAUUUAUCCAUUUUUAAUCCGAGGAGGUAAACCCACCCCAUUCCUCUCGUUUGUCCUGGCCGUUGCUUUCUGCAUGUUUAACGGCUACAUGCAGAUCAGGUACCUGAGCCAUUAUGCAGAGUACCCUGCGGAUUGGGUGACGCAUCCAUCCUUCAUUGCAGGGUCUGUGCUGUGGUUGCUCGGCUGGCUGGUGAAUUUGCACUCUGACCACAUCCUGAGGAACCUGAGAAAACCCGGAGAGACUGGUUACAAGAUCCCCACAGGAGGAAUGUUUGAAUACGUGUCGGGAGCCAACUUCUUGGGAGAGAUAGCCGAGUGGGUCGGCUUCGCUCUGGCCGGCAGCUCCGUCCACAGUUCAGCCUUUGCCAUCUUCACCAUAGUGGUCCUCGCCAGCAGGGCUGUGGCCCACCACAAAUGGUACCUGGCGAAGUUCGAAGACUACCCUCCACGUAGGAAGGCUCUGAUUCCCUUUCUGCUCUAAAAGCUCCAUGUGCACUGGAAGCCUGAACAAAAGGUAUACUGGUUCUUACAAUGCCAGCGUAGAACAUUGCCACAAUGUUUUCUUUUGUUUUUGUUUUGUUGUUUUAUAAGGGAAGCUCUAAUGAAAUUUUAAAAAGGUGCAGUCUGUUGUCAUUUUCAUCGCUGCAAACCAAAGGAAACACAAACUGUCAUCUGACAAGCAACACUUAAAGAAAUCCAUAAUCUUAAAAAUAUAUUUAUUUUUUACCGUCCAUAAAGCAAAAAAAAUAAAUAAAAAAAAAGACUUCCAACCACCGUGAACUGAAUGUACUGGAAGUGCCGCGUCUGCUGGCGAGGCGACACUUAUCGCUCCACCGGAGGAGGAAGUACGAUGGCGAAUGGAGCACAUACUAAUGGUAAUAACGGUGGAUUUAUAACUCUGCACCAGCAAUAAACACUUUUGAGGACUCUUCGCUGAUCUGCAUAUUUCUCCCAGAUGGAACAUAAACCUGGAAAAUGCAAAGCAGACACUAAAAAGUUUUCCUUCUUUCUCGGGAGUCGUCCGUUGCAAAUGCAUCGUUUUUUUUCCACUCCAUUAGGUGAAACACGAGGGAACUUUUUCUUUGGGUGGCAUCAGAAAGACUUUUCUCAUCGCCUCAUCAUUUCAAAGUCCAGAGAUGAAGGUCAAGCGUGGCACCCCAAUAACUCACUAAUGCCUGAGACGAGAAGAGGAAGAAGAAGAGAACGUUUCCUCGACACGUCAGAAGAAGCUGAAGGGAGGCUGGGAUCUUUACAUCUCUUCUAUUCUAUUAUUGCGUCAUAAUCACGUUUACCAUGAGCCGUGUAAUCGGAUCACUUGCGGGGUUAGGACUUUUCUGGACGCACGUCUUAUAUUAUCCAAGCCAACGAUGCGAUCUGCCUCAUAUUCGGUGUUUCCCUUUUUUAAAAUAGAUUUAGAAAGGAAACCAGUGCAAUUAUCGUAUUGCUUUUGGGGAAAUUCACAUUAACAAGUGAAAUUGCCAUCAUCGCGUUGAAGCGCAAUAUUCACAAGGAUGUUCCACAAGUGUACUUAUAUCCCCCCCCCCCACACACACACACACACA